ACAAACAUAUAUUUUUUGUCGAUCUACCAGUAUAUCUUGCUUUCUUCUGGAGCCGCACAUAUAUAGAAUGACUUUGAUAGAGUACGACAAUAAUCAUCUUCUGGAACAUUUCGAAAAUGUUUGUCGAUUUUGCCUGUCGCAAGAUCAUUGUAUCGAAAUACUAAACAAUGGUAUCAAUCAAAGUUUGAUUGGAGCAUCGGAUUUUAUUAUCUCAAAGGUUGAUGAAAACGAUGGUCUUCCUAAUAAAAUUUGUCAACGAUGUUUUAAAUGUGCGUUGGACUUUGCUGAACUAGAGGCUCGUUGCAAAGAAACCUAUGAAGUGCUGCAGCAAAUUAUAGAACAGCGAACAGAGUAUACAACAGAUAAAAAUUUUACAGCAAGGAUUUCCAGACAAAAUACAUUUCGAGAUCAGGAUGAAAUUUAUACUAAUGAAAGUGAAAUAAUAGAAUGUGAAAAUGUGAAUUUAGAAAACUUCGAAGUAGCUGAUGAUAUAGAAAUAACAUCAACUAAAGAAGGUCUGGAGGAUAAAAAGUUAUCUGUUGGAUAUAUUAAGAUUAAUCAAAAAAAUAACAAGGGAAAAGUUUGUCCAAUUUGCGGUAAAUUAGUAUCACAAUUGAGCAAACAUAUGCCGACGCAUUCUGCUGUUAAACGCUACACCUGCGAAUAUUGUUCCAAAUCAUUUACUCAUGAUACCACGCUGAGAAAACAUAUUCGGUCGGUUCAUUUGAAAAUCAAACGGUAUCAUUGUGAGAUUUGCUCACAAAGUUUCACUGAUCGCAGUUCGUUACGUUAUCAUGAUGUAGUGAAGCAUAAAGAUGCCAAAAAUUUUAUAUGUACCAUCUGCUGCAAAUCCUACUACACUUCAACAGGUCUCGCCCAACAUAAUAGUCUGAAUCAUGAACAACGAAGGUUUAAAUGUGCGCAGUGUGGAAAGAUGUUUGCCAUGAAGUAUCAUCUCAAAGAACACGAAAAUACUCAUUCUGAUGCGAGACCUCACGUAUGUGCCCUUUGCGAAAAGUCCUUUAAACGAGUGAAAAACUUGAAUGAGCAUAUGCUGACACAUAAGCGCCUUAAGUCCUGAAUAUGCUAAUAAACGAUAGCUUUUC